CGCGACGCCUCCCCCACCCUGCAGCCGACCUCUGAGAUUCCACCCCGGCCUCUACAAUGAGGACGACCUUCCUCUCGGCUGCAGAACGAGGCCAUGUCUCGGCUCCCCCCGAGGCGGAAGCAGAAGGGGAAAACAGACCCCCAAGAACGCCCCUUCAGAGGGUCUACGUCGACUCCAGCUCAGACUGGGGGCGGGGGGCAGGGCUGUCUGCAAAGUCUCUACAUUUGAGGGGCUGCCUCGCUGCCGAGUCGACCUUCCCCGAGCCAUGAACUCCAAGCUUGCCUCCUCCAUGAUCCUACCACCCGGUUACCUCUUUGCUUCUUCGUCCUCCAGCAGUUCGGGCUCGGUCCCCGCCAUUACCACAUCGCACUCCGCGGUAGCCGCCAUCUUACCGCCGGGACCAGAGAGCCGGGUGGGAGGCAGGCGGUGAAGAGCACUUCCGGUCGGAGCACCGAGCCGCUCAGCGGCGCCGCGCCCAGAGGGACUACCUCGAGCCCGUCUACCAACGAGAGGCUCCGCUUGGGGCCAGAGCGGCCUCCCAUCCCUGGAGGUCCACGGUGGUCUCCGCCCGGGGGCGGGGGCCCAGGGACGGCUCCUGUGCGUAGGGGGCGCCACUUUACCCGCGGAUAGGAGGAGGGUACCGAAGGAUGUUGCCUCUCUAGGCUCCGGCUUGCCUCAGUAUCCCGACAGCCUGGUUGCCAUAACAACUCGCAAUCCUAGAGCGUCUCCUGCGAAGCUUGGGAGUCCCGGGUGGGUGGAGACAGGUCAUCCAAGACUUGAGGAAAGCAAGCCGCUGUCUGCGACUACCUUCCCGACCUCGGAGUGUGUCCACAGCUUCCUCCCCGGAAAGGCAUGAAGAGCUCCUUUGAGCCCAGUCCCCCAGCUUUCAUCGGUGACGGGAAGCCCUGCCCAGCCAAGCGAGGGGGAACGCAGGGCGUCUUCACCCUGCGCCUUUCAUCCUCCACGGAUCUCCAAGGUCCAGCUGGUUCAUCACCCCUAAUGACGCGAACCCUUUUAUGAGACCGCUUUCAUGUCAGCCGCUUGGGAGUGCCAUCUCAGCAUUAAGUCUAGAGAGGAUGACAUGGCGCCCCAGCCCCUGCCCCGGAGUUUAUAAGGCAGCUCAUGGGGUUGAAACCUAAACAUGGGGAAGAGCUGCAAGGUGGUCGUGUGCGGCCAGGCCUCUGUGGGCAAAACUUCCAUUCUUGAGCAGCUCCUGUACGGGAACCAUGUUGUGGGUUCUGAGAUGAUUGAGACCCAGGAAGACAUCUAUGUAGGCUCCAUUGAGACAGACCGAGGGGUGCGGGAGCAAGUGCGUUUCUACGAUACUCGGGGUCUCCGAGAUGGGGCCGAGCUGCCCAGGCACUGCUUCUCCUGCACCGACGGCUACGUCCUGGUCUACAGCACAGACAGCCGAGAAUCGUUUCAGCGCGUUGAGCUGCUCAAGAAGGAAAUCGACAAGUCCAAGGACAAGAAGGAGGUCACCAUCGUGGUCCUUGGCAACAAGUGUGACCUGCAGGAGCAGCGUCGUGUAGACCCGGAUGUGGCACAGCAUUGGGCCAAGUCAGAGAAGGUGAAACUGUGGGAGGUGUCAGUGGCCGACCGCCGUUCCCUCCUGGAGCCUUUCAUCUACCUGGCCAGCAAGAUGACCCAGCCCCAGAGCAAAUCUGCCUUCCCUCUCAGCCGCAAGAACAAGGGCAGUGGUUCCCUGGAUGGCUGAAGAGUUGCCCUUCUGUCUUCACCAUUCCAACCCCAUUCCAGGAUGGGUUGAGGGCACAGGGGCGUCAGAAGCAAGCUGUUCUUCCAAUCAGUAAGGGAACGACCCUCUAGGCCAGGAAGCUGGGCUGGCCCAGGCCAAUGCCACUUUUGUCCCCUCUUAACUCCAAGAAGUGCAAGUGAACUUGAUUGCUGGCCUUCCCCGUGACCCUUCCAUGAUAGUCCCCACCCCGCCCCCAGCUCACAUCACAUUUUCUCCACUGUCAUCUGGACACUUAUGGUACAUAGUGUCUUUUCCUUCUGCCUGGGCAGGAAGCAGGGCUGUCACGCCAAAGUGCCCAGUCCAGGGUCUAGUUCCUAUCAGGGAUUCCAGCUCUCUAAAUUUCCUGCCAGUGACCCAGCACCAGCCUGGGCCUGAGCAAGGGACCAGGUAUUGUGAGCUCACGGUUAUAUGUGCUGGCCUUAGGUUUGGCUCCUCGUCCCUCGCCCUGACCUUUCCCCUGGCCUGUCCAAGGCUGGGGAUAGCCAGGCUCCCGGGAGUGGCGUGUUCUGUGUGACCUCCACCCAUCUCCCAGCUGUUUCACUUCCUCUUCUGCUCUGGGAGCAGAGGCCUCAUUGGUGGAGUGGAAUGAUGACUGGGGUGUCAGUCACCCUGUGACCUACCAAGGCCAUUCUUCUCUGGGCGUCAGUUUUCUCAUCUGUGAGUUGACAGGAGCUUGGAUGAUCACUUGGAGCCUUGGCAGCCCCGUGAUUUUCUAAACCAGGUGGCUUGGGCCUCCUGUGUCUCUGCCCCUGCUUCACCCUCUUCAAGGUGCUAUACCUACCAGCCCUGGAGGCUGGACCAGCCUCUGCUAACCACCAGGGGGCAGGAGUGCACUCUGGGCGCCGAGGAGCACCGUCUGGACCUGCCCUUAGGGCUGGUGCCCAUCCCUCUUGGUUGUUUUCGGCUAGUAGCUGGAUUUAUAUUUAUAUUCUCUGUAUUUAUCUGCCUGCUACCCUGUUGAAGGUGGCAUAAGCCGCUCCUCCAGCCCUUCCUUCUUACCUCAGAUGCCUGAACAGAACCAGGCAAACCAGUAGCAGCUUCCUAGGAGCUGACAGGCCUUGCAUCGGGGUUGUGCUCUCAAGUGAGCCCAUAACCCACAACUUCUGGUGCCCACCUUGAGCUUCUGAUGUGCACACCUCACGUGAGUUAGACCUACAGCCAGGCCACCUCCAGUACCAGCCCUCCUCUCCAGAGCAGCUGAGAAGGGCUGGUGCCAGGGCUGCGCAAGGAGAGUCAGGGCAUCCACUGGCUCAGGCUUGAAGUUCAUUUAUUAAUAUUAAGUUCAUUAAUUAAUUGUUGGACACAAUAAAACCACAACUGCUGUUAUCAAAAA